AUGAUGUGGUCAGUUGUACAAGGGGCGUUCAGUGAAGCCAAACGGCUGGGUACCACCUCCAGAGGAAACAUCGCUGAAAACGCCGGAUGGCGCGGCGCGGUGCCGGUGAGGAGAGCUGGAGGCGGCGGGAGACGCCGCCCCCGCCUCCGCCCCCGCAAGCGGCAGCAGCAGCCGCCUCCAGGAGGAGCGGGAUGCGACCGACCGGCGGGUGCCGCCCCUGCUCGUGGAUGUAAAAUAAUUUUAAAUAUAGUAAUACAAAGACUUGCAGUAAUUUUAGAAAGUGUCUUGUUGGAGAGGCAGAUUGGGUUCAUGAAAGACCUUGACCUGGACUACCUGGAACGGAGAGGCUCUGCGGACGCCGGCCGCCAUCAGGCCAGCCCUGAUGUCGAGCAGAGUCCGGACUCGGUGGACCUCGUCAAGGUAGUCCUUCUGGGUGCCUCCGCUGUUGGAAAGACGUCCAUCGUGCAGCAAUUCGUUUGGGGAGAGUUCAGCGAAGACUACGUGGCGACAGAGCGCCGCCACACCUACUACCCGUCCGUGAUCAUCAAUGAGCGGCUGUACCGGCUCAAGAUCUCCGACAUACCCGUCAUCCCGUACUUCCCAGUGAACUCGUUCUACGAGUGGAGCGACACCCGUUUCUACGGCCUGAGAAGCGCCAGUGCGUACCUGCUGGUGUUCGACCUGGCGGACGCGGCGUCCUUCCAGUUCGCCCGCACACUUCUGGAGCAGCUGUCGGAGAGCCGCGACAUGGCUGACGUCACCAUCCUGGUCGUUGGCAACAAGAGCGACCUCCUUCCUGGGAGUCUGGACUCACCAGAGCGGGUCCCGGGCAGAGACCUGGCGCGUCCCGACUUGUGGUCCGAGGUUCGCGCCUCGUGGGGGUGCGGCUACGCCGAGUGCAGCGCGCGGCAGCGGGGGCAGGUGCUGGCCGUGUUCCAGCGGCUGAUGCGCCAGGUGGACCGGCUGCUGGGCGCGGCGGGCGCCGCCUCGCCGCCCAUCCCCGCCUCUUACGGGCUGCUGGCCGCCUCCUCGCCGGAGGACGGCGACGCCGACGACGAGCGGCCCGAGCGCGGCUUCCUGGAGACGCCGGACGGCCGCGCCACCUGCCACCUGUUGUGA